ACUCCGAUCGAUGCCCGCGGCCAUUUUCUAUAGCUAUCCUACCUUAACUUCCGUCCUGCCAUUCAGUACCUACGUUCAGACAAUUUUUUAGUAUAACAGCCCCGUUUCGUUGCCAUCAAUUUUUUUCUUUUGUUACUGUCACCCGCUACAUUACUCGUCCCCGACUACGCGUGACGGUAAACACAGUCUACCCGAAACUCACCGAUAGACUGCUGAGAAUAUGUCGGACGAACAACCGAAAGAACAGACCAACGGCACCAACGACAACAAUGGCGUCGAUCAAUCCGGCUUAGAAGAACAAGUCAAGGAAGAUGACAGGAAAUUAUUUGUUGGCGGUUUAAGCUGGGAAACAACAGAAAAGGAAUUAAAAGAACAUUUUGUUCAAUAUGGAGAAAUCACCAACAUUAGUUUAAAGACUGAUCCUGCAACUGGACGUUCCAGAGGAUUUGCUUUUAUAAUUUUUAAGUCUGUUGACGGAUUAAAUAAUGCAUUUGCAGCGGGUGAUCAUGUUAUCAAUGGCAAGAAAAUUGAUCCUAAAAAAGCUAAAGCCAAACAAGAAAAGGUGUUUGUUGGUGGUUUACCGUCUGAUGUUACAAAUGAUGAAAUUAAAGAAUUUUUUGGAAAAUGGGGUGUUAUUGUGAACUUAGAAGUUCCCUUUGAUAAAAUGAAAAACCAACGUAAAGGUUAUUGUUUUAUCACUUAUGAAUCAAGUGAUAAAGUUCAAGAUCUUUUUAAAACUGCCAAACAAACUAUUAAAGGCAAAGAAGUGGAUGUUAAAAAAGCAGCUCCUAAGCCUGCUAAUCCAUAUGCUAACCCCAAAGCAAUGAGAGGACGAGGAGCAGCCCGUGGAGCAUAUGGGCCGUAUGCUGCACCAUACGGGACAUAUGGAGCUUAUCCUCCUCAAGGCUAUGACUAUUAUGGGGGAGCAACAUAUCCUGGUUAUGAAGCUGAUUAUUAUGGUAGCUAUGGCUAUGCAGGAUAUGAUUAUGGUUAUGGAUAUGAAGCACCGCCAGCUCCUGUCUCUGCUACAAGGGGUCGAGCUGCAUUUAAUGGUGCCGGAAAAACAAGAGGAGCAUCUCGAGGAUCUGGUGCAAGACACGCUCCAUAUUAAAUUUUAAAUACCAUUUCUCCCUAUUUUUGUGUGUGUUUGUAUGUGCGAGUGUGUACACUUUAAAAUGACAUAAUUUUUUUUUUUUUAUAUAUAAACAAAUCAUUUUUCUUGAUGACAAUAAUGACUUGUGAAAAUAGUAGAACUCCUCUCUUCCCUAAUUAGUGGUAUAUGUUUUGAACAUAUAAUCAAUGAAAUGUACAAAUAAAAUAUCUAAAAUUAAUAUUAUUUUAAUUAAGCACAAACCAUAUGGUAAAUUAUA